UACAUAAAACUCACACCAGUUGUCUAAUAAGUCAGUCUGUGUUCACUUCUUGUCAAUGUAUCAUCAACACCAGGACGAUUUCGUGACAGUGACCUUUAGUAGUGGAACAACAAAAAAUGUUUCAGACUAAUAACUGGGUAUUCCACGGUUUAGUAAUUGGAUUUUCCUUGUUUCAUGUCUACUGCCAACCCAGUGAAUUAUAUGGGAGUUCAAAAUGUCAUAAUUCCAACGCUCCAGGGAAAUGUAUCCCUAUCACAAAAUGCACUUCAGCACUGGAAGAGGUAAAAAACUACCGUCCCCAUGGGUUGAAACGUUGCGGUUUCCAAGAAUUUGUGGAAAUAGUGUGCUGUCCCGAUUCAGACGACACAGAAAAAUCAACUUCAAUUAGAGGCGGCGAUGUAGCUAGAAAGAGUCAAAAGGUGUGCGACAAAUAUUCAAAAGAUUUACCAUUAGUUCUAAUCUACCACAUCCUGAAUGGAGAAAAUACACAACCAGGAGAAUUCCCUCAUAUGGCUGCACUUGGUUUCUUCAAUAAAAAAGUCAAUAUGUAUAGAUUCGACUGUGGGGGUACUUUAAUUUCCCCUUAUCAUAUAGUAACCGCAGCGCACUGUCUUGUAAAUGUUCAGGGCAACGAGCUGAAGAUAGCGCGACUGGGUGUAAUCAAUGUUCCAGAAAUGGUGAAAAAUCCUGAUCCGAAAAUAGAUUAUAACGUCGUUGACGUUAUAAUUCAUAAACACUAUGAUGGCCGAAGAAAGCUCAACGACAUAGCUUUAGUCAAGCUUGAGAAACAAGUUAGAUUUACUGAUACUAUUCGGCCAGCUUGUUUGUACACAAAGAAUGAUAACCCUGAAAACUUAAAGGUUACUGGAUGGGGAGUUGUAAGCUUCGGAGGAGAAAGAAGUAGUAUUCUCCAAAAGGGGACUUUAAACCCUGUGCCUUUGCAAGAAUGUAGCAGUAUAUACCAGAAAAGAGUUCAAAAAGAGAUAACAGAAAAUCAAAUCUGUGCCGUCAGCAAUCCGAGCAGUGCUUGCCAGGGAGACUCCGGUGGACCUUUGCAGACUCAAAGCAGGGCUAAUUUAUUCACAGUCGUUGGAAUCUCAUCAUACGGUAUUGGCUGUGGCGGUCAAUAUCCUGGAGUUUACACAAGAAUUAGUGGCUAUUUAGACUGGAUUGAAAAAAUAGUUUGGCCAGGAACCGUGUAGUAAAUUGCCAUCUCAAUACCCAGAAGUCGACGUAGCAGUAUUUUUGAUAACUUUUUCUAAAAAAAUGUCAUUAUCUUUACCUCAAACGUAAUUUAUUUAAAUGUUAUUAAUGAUAGCAAUGUAUUUUUAAGAAUAUUACUCGGAAGAAGAAGAAAAAGUAAUGUCCGAAACGUAUGGAAAUACAAAAAAAUUAUGAUCGUGUUUUUUUCUAAAGAUUUGUCGUCAUGAAAACCUAAACACCAAAAAAUCUACAUAUAUUAAAAAUUUGGAAUAACAAGUUUGUUUUUCAGCACCUUCCAGAAAAAUUGCAAUUGUAAAUCGACAAACCAAUAAAUAAAGGAGCGGAAUGUGGGAUACUCUCUAACAAUAUCAAAACAACUUUGUGUGCGCAACUAAAUAAGUACAUUAUGGUGUCUUGAAUUUGAAAUUUAAAUUUCGCACUGAGAGAAAAAACGCCGUGAAACCGCUGACAACAAUUAUAAGAAAAAUUCAUUCCAUAACGUAGGCUAGGAACGGUGAGCAAGAGGAGCGCACGUAGACUUCAAAAAAAGGUUUCAAGUCCUAUUUUUGCACGUCAGCAUCACAUAUUGUUCAGAACAUAGAGUGGAAACACGUGUUAAAAAUAAGGGAAUGUAAAAUUUAGUUUCCAAAUUAAUAAAAGAGCAAUCGUUCAAAUAAAAUGAAUCGCAUUCGACGCUAUAGUCCCCGUUCAAUGAGUGUAAUUACAAGAGCUAUUCCAUCACCACAUGUUAUCAAUCGCCACCUUCGAGGUUGUUCUGGUGUUCGCCAUCGAGACUUCCGGCAAAUCGUUUCCAGACU